GACGCGUCGGUGCCGACAGGGAACGCGGCUGCUCGGGGACGGGAGCCGGCGGCCGGUGCGCGCUCAGUCCGGGGGACGGCCACGCAGCGACUCGAGCCGGUACCGUCGACCGCGCGUUUCACAGCUCGACAUCCCCGUUAUGGAGCGGCAGCCACUGGCCUACCCGACCACGGAGAAGGGCGCGCGAAAGCCAAAGUGCGCCCGCUGCCGCAACCACGGCGUCAUCUCGUGGCUCAAGGGCCACAAGCGACACUGUCGCUUCAAGGACUGCGCGUGUGCCAAGUGCAGUCUCAUCGCCGAACGGCAGCGCGUGAUGGCCGCCCAGGUAGCCCUGAAGCGGCAGCAGGCGGCCGAGGACGCCAUCGCUAUGGGCCUGCGAGCAGUGGCCACCGGCUCCUCGUGCGCCUACCUGCCCCCGGGACCCAUCUUCGGGAUGAACAUGACGCAGUCUCAGGCGGCCGACCAGACCGCCACCGACCACGAGACGGAGGAGUCAGCUGCCAGUGACGAGGAGUCACGAGCUCCUCCCGCCGACGACUCGGGCGACUCUGGCGAGCCGGCCGAGCGCUCAGCGGCCGCCUGGUUCGGCCACAUGCAGAUCCUGCGGCGCAUCUUCCCCUCGCAGAAGGCAUCCGUGCUGGAGGAGCGGCUCGAGGCCUGCUGCGGCGACCUCGUCAAGACCAUCGAGCACUUUAUCGGCUCGGGCAGCCGGGUGCGGCAGCAGCUGCUGCGGCCGCUGCAGGCCGGCUGCGUCACCACCUCCGCCGCCGGCGCGCCGCUGCUCGUCGCCGGGCAGCGGUCGGCGUUCGCGCCGCUGUGCCAGCCGCCGCCGCCGCCGCCGCCGCCCCCACCGGCCCAUCAGCCGCGGCUCUCGCCAUUUUCAGUCGAGGCACUGCUCUCUCGGCCGCUACCGGCACCACCUCUGUACGGAGCGCCGCUGGGCCUGCUGCCGCCGCCCGGCUGGCACCCCCUGCGGCCGCUGCCGCCGGCCGCUGAACCGGACGAUCGGGACGAGCAGUGACUUGACACGACCAGACCUGACCCCUGCGGCCGCUGCCGCCCGCCGCAGACACCGACGACCGGGAUUAGCAGAGACCUGACCUGACCUGACCUGCCGGGACCUCGACAGGUCCCGGCAGGUCAGGUCAGGGUUGACCCUGCCGGAGCGGUCGCCAGUUGUGUCUGUUGGCAGCUUUUCUUCGGAAGAGGAUAAGUAUGCAGCCAAUUGGGGACAAUAAUCAACUGCGCUACCCAGGGCUGCGGAGUCGAUGGAUUUACGGCGACUUCGACUCCGACUCCGGCUUUCAAAAACCAACUCCGACUCCGACUCCGGGCAGAAAUGUCGACUCCGAUCGACUCCAACUCCCGACUCCGACUCCGCACACCUGGCAGGGCUGCGGAGUCGACAGAUUUUCGGUGACUCCGACUCCGACUCCGGCUGGGGUUUCCAAUAUCGACUUCGACUCCGACUCCGACUCCGGUCACAACUGUCGACUCCGACCGACUCCGACUCCGACUCCGACUCCGACUCCGCAGCCCUGGCGCUACCACCUGAAUUCAGGGAAUAAGUAGGUAGACAAUGCGCAGGUCCCGGCUGUCUUAAUAAUUCGAAUCUAAGGCGAAUGAACAAAUGUAUCGCCAUGUGUUGGCGACUGUGUUGUAUCAGCGCGAGUGUUGUCAGGCAUGGUGGAGUUUUGUGCCGUGUGUCAGUGUGUAUGCCCAUGUGCGAUGUGCGCAUGCUGUAAAGGCCUCGGUACUGUGUUGUUGGUUGAUCGUCAUUUUAUUGUAUCUGCUGUAACUCUCAGUUACGUGUGGUUCAGAUUAUUUCCGUUGUUUGAAAUACGGGGCGAUAAUCAUAAAUAGGGACAAGGAAACCCGAAACUGAUAAAACUGUCAAAGAAUCGAUGCUUUUUGAGUCUAACUAUCAAGCUCAUUUGGAAACCGGGCGCCAGAAGAAAACUUCGUGUCAUUUAGCUCGACCUUAUGAAGAAGCGUAGACAGGGUAUCAAUGAUGGUUCGCAUCUAAGGGACAAAUAUAAAUAAAAUGUAUGCGUCUACAAGUAGACACAAAUUGGUUACA